UCACAUUGAAUUUAAUUAUUAUUUAACCCAAUGUGUUUCCUUUGAAACGUCAUUUUUUUUAAACAAAAGAAACUAGAUCUAUAUUUGAAACCAUUAUGCGAUGUGUUAAGAGAAAAAAAGAACUUAAAUAAUAGGAUAAGGGAGAGUUGCUAUUUUGUUUUUAUUAAGUAUACUACUCAUAUAAAGUAACGCACCAAGUUUAAUGGGUGAACUAUUGUUUUCGGCUUAUUGGUGGUAAACUCAGAGCAUUUAACGCAAAGUGGUUGAACGACUUCCCGUGGUUGAGGUACUCGGUAAAUAUGGACUCCGUGAUGUGUGCCCCUUGCGUGAUCUUCGAUACAAGGAAGACCAGAUGUUUUUCCACGCUCCCUUUUAAUGAUUGGAAAAAUUUGUCAGCCAAUGUUAAUCGUCAUCAUAUAGACAAAGUCCACAGAAAUUGUGUCGCUAUGGCGGAAAAUUUCGUUGAUGUCAUGAAAGGGAAGAAGGAGUCUAUUGUCUGUAAGCUAUCUUCGUUUACCAAGGACUUGGUAAAAAGAAAUAGACAUAUUCUUGGACAGAUAAUAAGAGUUAUUUUGUUGCUUACCAAACAAAACAUACCCGUUAGAGGCCACACGGAAGAAAGGAGUAAUUUUAUGGCGGUUCUCCAAUCCCACGCGUUAAACGAUCCCAUACUCGCAGAUCACCUCCGAAACGGAAAAGAAAAUGCCAAAUACACAUCGCCUGAUAUACAGAAUGAGAUUAUUACGUUAUGUGCCGAUCACGUUCUUCAGUGUAUCCUCACACAGUGUAAAGAAGCCGGAUAUUUCGCCAUCAUGGCCGACGAAGCUACCGACUGCUCCACAAAAGAACAGUUAUCUAUAUGCAUUCGCUUUCUUACAGUCAACGAAGGACGUUAUGAGCUUAAUGAAAAAUUCAUUGGCUUUGUUACUUGUAGAUCAAUUAAGGGCGUUAAUCUUGCUGAGGCCAUUGUAGAGUAUCUCCAAGACUGUGGAUUGGACAUCUUGAAACUGCGUGCCCAGUGCUAUGACGGAGCGGGGAACAUGGCAGGAAAAUACAAUGGAGUUCAAGCACUGAUACGGGAACGUGUACCACUUGCGAGCUACGUACAUUAUGCAUUCGCUACUGAGCUGUCUCAGGAUCCUGUAUCACGUGCCCAGAUGGAUGGUCGCCAGAAGUUGAAGACUCUCUGCGAAACGCGAUGGAUGAGUCGCACGGACGCUCUCACAACGUUCACACAGGCAUUUGCAGUUGUCGUCCAUGCCUUGGAAACAUUGGAAGCAGAUGGUGACGAUAAAGCAGGAGAACACGUGCGUGCAAUCCUGAGAUUCGAGUUUAUCCUUACACUCGUGGCAUGUGAACAGGUACUCAGCUCCCUCGUUGGAUUGACUGCAAUCUUACAGGAGGUUAGUAUGGAUUUACUUGAGGCUGUACGAGAGGCUGGUGUAGUCGUAGACAUCUUGCGAGCCGAGCGAAUGGAUGAAACUCUGUUGGAUGCCAUUUUCCAGAAGGCAGCUGAUAUUGCUUCGGAGUUUCAAAUUGAUGCAAGCGUGCCUCACCAGAACCAACGUCAACGGAACAGGGCGAAUUACCAAGUUGAAGACCCGAAGACAUACUGGCGCAUUGCUUUGUACAAUGUUUUCGUCGAUCACCUCAUUGAAGAAGUAUCUAGCAGGGUAAUGGCCAACCAAGAACGGUUCUGUGCACAGUUGCUCUUACCAGUCCGGUUGAGGGAUCUUGACGAUUGUCAGACUGAUGUUAUUUAUAACAGCUUUGAGGACGAUAUAUAA